GUUUGUUAAAUGGUUAUGCCGAAAUAAAUUUAAUAUUAUUAGGGCUUAUAAGAUAUAUCUAAAUAUAAAAAAUUGAAAACCCUUUUAACGGAUGCACCGUUUAGCUUAAAGUUAAAGGUUUUUUUAGUUAUCUGGGAAUAAUGCUUAUUAAAUAUUUGAAGACAACACAUUGCUCUGUAAUUAUGUCGUUAUAACAACGAAAGUCAAACAAACAGCGCCAAAAUUAUGUUUCAAACGUGGCUUGUGUUCUUGGUAUAAGUUUAAAUUAAACAUAAAAAUCGUAUUUCUUUUUUGUAAGGGCUAUUUAUAUAAACAUUUUAAUGAAAUUUUACUAAAAAAAGCAAUUAAUUUUUUGUUUUUGUUUAUGGAAUUAUGUAAAACUUCUGUAUUUAAAAAAUCUGGAUACAAAAAUGGCUCAAAAGUAUGAAUAUUCCUACAAGGACACAGAUUUACCAUUUUGGCUUGAUGAAUUAACUAAAGAUGUGAAAGAGACGCAUAUAAAUGAUUCAUUAAAUGAACCCAUUUAUGACCCAUAUAAUCUCAAAUAUGAUUACGGGACAGAUAAUCAAAGGACCCGAAGAACGUCAUUAGAUCUAGAUUUGCUAUUGAAGUCUGAAUCGAAACCUAUAGCACAUUCGGCGGGAACGCUACGAUACAACCAAAACAAUGGACAUAAACAAAAUGGAAGAAGAAAAAAUUCCACAAGUAAAACAGAAUGGGGAGACGUAAAAGAUGAAAUAAACACCGAUUUCCUAACAGACCUUUUACCGCACUACGUUACACCACGCCACAAGAGAAUGAGUUUGGACAACGACUUCAAUGACGUCAUUGUUGGACCGCGACUUCAAAACGCAUCAAAAAACCUUAAUAAAUUUACGAAAGAUACAAAGGUCACAAAUACAAAAUCAAAUUAUACGAAAGCCAGUUUAGAGGAUGAUAGGAAAAGUGAAUUUGUGAUACCGGAGACACCGGAGGGACGAUUGUUGGAGAUAAAAAUAUAUUCCAAUUGGGGUGACAAAUAUUUGGUUGGAUUAAAUGGUAUUGAAUUGUUCGAUUGUAAAGGUGAACCGGUGAUAAUCGAUAAGAUUUGGACUGAUUCAGACACCGGUGACCACUCAAAGUUUGGUCACAUAGAUAAUAUAAUAGAUGGUGUUGUACGAACCCGAGAUGAUAAACACACGUGGAGUGCGCCUGCGCCUCAAGGAUUGCCCAUUGCGUUGACCGUUUUAUUAGCUAAAACCACGAAAUUGGCUUUACUUAGAAUUUGGAAUUACAAUAAAUCGCGAAUAUAUUCAGCUCGCGGUGUUCGUUUGGUUCAAAUAAAGUUGGACGAUCAAGUUAUAUUCCAAGGAGAGAUAGCAAGAGCAAGUGGUGAACUCAAAGGAAAUCUACCCACAUUAGGAGACACGAUUCUUUUCACGAAAGACGUGGCGAUAUUGGAAGCGAUUUUUGAAAAUGAUAAGAAUUUUCAAGCAUUACUAAAGGACAAUGAUCCGUUGGUUGAAUUAAACACAGCUGAUCGUCCAACUACAGCUAAUGAUAGUAAAAAUAAUUCACCAAAGGUUUUAUUAGAAGAACCAAAAGUUUCCGAAGAAAAUGAAUAUUUGGCAAAGGAGAUAAAGUUGACUUUAAUGUCGAAUUGGGGUCAAAAAAAUUUGAUCGGAUUAACAGGAAUCGAUAUUCUCCAUAAUAAUACACCAAUUAACAUAAUUCGGAGUUAUGCCUAUACAACAUAUGCAGAGGACGAUAAAAAGCUUGAAUAUGGAGUUAUUGAUUGUAAAAAUCUAUUUAAUGGAAGAAAUAUAACAACAGAGUUUGAAGAUAUGUGGUGCACUAACUUUACGCCUGAGUCAAAAUUUUGUCAUAUUGUCAUGGAGUUGCCGGAUCACACUAAGGUAACUGGAAUUCGUAUAUGGAACUACAACGCUAACAUGGAAUUAUCGUAUAUCGGUGCGAAAGACUUGGGCGUAUCAAUAGAUGGCGUUUUACUAAAUCGACGUCCGAUUCUAUUACGACGUGCGCCUGGUGAUACAUUUUACGAUUAUUUGCAGCAUAUAGAUCUCUCUGCAAUGGAUGACAGAAUAAAUUACGCUGACAACUUGGACCAUGCGUUUGAAAGUAAUUUGAACUCGGGAGCUCCGACAGGUUUUGUUUUGCAAUUGAAUAUAUUUUCAACUUGGGGUGACCCGUACUAUGUUGGCCUAACUGGGGUAGAACUUUAUGAUCCGCAAGGAAAUUUAAUUGAAGUUACUGAAAGUAAUGUUUGCGCUCAGCCGGCAAGUGUUAAUGUUCUCGACAGUGUCGCUAGGGAUGUGCGCACGCCGAGUAAACUUAUCGAUGGUCACAACACUAAUGCAGCCGAUGGACAGCACUCUUGGCUUGCUCCUAUUCUUCCAGAAACUCUUAACAGAGUUUUCUUCGUUUUCGAUGCUCCCGUAUCUGUUUACGGUAUGAAAAUUUGGAAUUAUGGUAAAACGCCAACUCGAGGUGUUAAGGAAUUCGGGGUACUGAUAGAUGAUUUGUUACUUUUUAACGGAAGUCUAGACAUGGUCAAGGGUGAUACGAUAGCACCGCAGUGGAUUUGUUUCCAAGAUGUCGAUGUAGAGAAUUUGACACCGAGUCCAUCGGAUUCAAGUCAACUAACAACGACAAGUGGUUCAUCACAAUCUGUGGAUCAAAACGACAGACCGUACACGAGCGUAUACGCUGUGCGAGCGAGAAAAUAUAUUUAAUUUUAGGUGAAUUGUGUGUUUCGUAUGUGUGUUUUGUAAUAUUCAAACUAAUAAUGGAGUCUAUCGUCUGUCAGAUACAUUCGCUUGUAUGAAUUUUUGUUAACCGUAAAAUUAUUUUUCUACCAUUAAUAUUUUUAAAUUACCCAAAGAAGUGACCUGGUAAAAAUGUAUUGUCCUAAAAUUUGGGCCUUUUUCAUAAAUUAAUCUAAUUACACAGUUUUAACUAAACCACUCGCCUCCGGCUGUCAAUUAAAAAAUUUUGCGCGCGUUAAACAAAAUAACAUUUGGCAUCUGUCAUAACUUAUAUAGCUAUACUAGGGGCUUGAGACAAAAUCUCUUUUCGACAGGCGUGACCCGCAUAAACGAAUUUGUAUGAAAAUGGUCACGUGAUAAAACGUGAGCUAUUGUCAUUCCCAUAACGUGAGCUAAAGUCGCUAAAUUGACCUUAGCACGAACUCUGUAAUAGUUUCGUAAAGUAUAUAAUAGGUAAAUACAAUAAAAAUAUGGAAAGUAUCGACUCGUCAUCGAGUAUUCGAACGAUACGUGUUUUAUCGCUUUAGUCCCGAUUACCCCAGGGGCUUGAGUCACAAUCAUUUUACGAAAAUAAUGACCCACUCACGCCAAACAGAUUUUUAUGGGAAUGACAUUUCGAAUAAACGAACGUGACGACAUGUCACGUGACCAAAGCGUGAGCUAUUCUCAUACAAAUUCUCUUGGCCUUAGUGGGUUAUGAUUGUCAAAAAGUUGUUUUGUCUCAAGCCCCAUGAAGCGCUUCUUGACGUUUUCAUAUAAAUAAUGUAUAGUGCGAUUUCUUUUUCGAUCAUUUCAAUCUACAUAUUGUUCGUGCUUCUGUUAUAAGUAAAAAUAACUAGACUGAAUUUGUUUUUUUUCAUGUCAUACGGUGAAAAUUAUGAAUCUUAGUAGACUGCACUCACGCCAAAUAUUUAGAAUAAUUUAUUUCCAAUGUUAUCACUUGUUGACUGUAGAGCGCUUGUAAACAUCAUAAGAAUUGAUUUCGUGGUUCGUGUAAAUUUUAUACAGAAAUAAAGGUAUUUUGUAUG